AUGAACACAGUGCGCUUAAUUAAUGUUCUUACUUUCUGUUCUGUGCAGUGUGUUUUGUGUAAAUUGAAUACGGAAUAUUUUCCCGCCAGUUUUCAGACUCCUGAACAAGGAUACUGUCUGGAGAGUUACCGGUGUCAGGGAAGAUCCGACCCUUACACUCAGGACAACUGUCAGUGUGAUUCGGAUUGCUUGAUAUACGGGGACUGUUGCCCCGACUACAAAAGCAAUCACACAGUUGAAAACAAAGCGAUUCCGAGAUUUACAUGUGAGUAUAGAGAUGAUGUUGACUCUGACAAUUUUAUUUACAUUGUGAAUUCGUGUCCUUCUGGUACUGAUCCAUAUCUUAAAAAGAAAUGUGAAACCGAGAACGAUGUGUUUGACCAUCUGUCCAGUGGUUUGAGUUCGGGAUAUUUGUAUAAAAACAUGUAUUGCGCUUUAUGUAAUUUUGAUAAUUACGUCACGUGGAAUCCAGGGAUCCAGUGUCAUUGGAGAUAUUCACUUCCAGAGAAUUUGUCAGUAUCUUCCUUGCAGAAUGAUACCGAUUGUUACGUCACACACUCGCCCCCAGAAGGAAACCGGAAACAGCGAACUUGUUUUCCAAUCAGUUCUAAUGUGACGGAGUGUCAGAACAAAACUUUGAUGACUUUAUGUAAAUUCGGAUAUUACGUUCCUGUAUUCGGAAUGAAAACUGUCUUUCGAAACGUUCAUUGUGCAAAAUGUCAAAAUUAUCCAGAAUCAAACCUAACAUGUAACAUGAAGUCUGCAAACUUAAUUCCUUAUAAACCAAAGAGAAAUAUUUACAACUAUAGUUACAGAAUUCUGUUUGAUCUAAAUUUGAAAAAGGAGAUGACAGAGACACGCUUCCGACUUUCAGUGGUGGGAGAAUCUACGAAUUCACUAUCAAAUGUCUGUGACAUAGAUCAUCUGCUGGAUCCACUUACAGGGCAAUGUUACAAGAUACUGUGCAAACCUCCGUUUGUUUAUCAAAAUGGUAAAUGUUUAUUGAAAGAACGGCUUACCAACGACCCAAACAAUACCUCAUCAGCAUGCCUCUCUCGAAUUGUUCGCCAAAAUGAGUUCGAAUUAAUCAAUUCCACUACAAUUUUUUUGUUCUCCCUAAAUAGAACGAUGCAUGAUUUUACGCUCUCGGAAAAUGAAAGCGAUGCAUACGUCUGCAUAAACGGAACGAAAAUUGAUGAUCAAAUAACUUCCACAAGACUGACAAUCUAUUUUACAAAAGAAGAGAGGCUGCUGUCUUUCGUUGGUGGAAUUUUGUCAACAGCGUGUCUGCUAGUGUGUUUCACUGUUUACGUUUGUUCCCCCAAGCUGCACAAUGUUCCCGGCAAAAACCUGAUGUGCUUGAUGGCAUCCUUGUUCGUUGCGCAAUUGUUACAUUUGAUAGCGCCAUUUAUCUUCGAGAUGAAAAACCAAGGUUUAUGCAAGGCCAUAUCAAUUGUAACGCACUUUGCCUUCCUAGCUGCUUUCUUCUGGAUGAAUGUGAUGUCUUUCGACAUAUUUUUCACAUUUUCAACAGGUUUUACUAAUUCGGGUGAAAGAGGGGGUUCUUCAAAGCGUGUGCGAUUUUAUUGGCUCUAUGCUUGGUUAGGCGCUGUUAUCAUAGUUGGGUCUGCAGCCUCGGUUGAGUAUACUUCGGAUUCAAGUUUUAAACCCGGAUAUGGUGAUGGAGUGUGUUGGAUUUCAAAUAGCAGAGGUCUAAUUGUCUUCUUUCUGGUCCCCAUCGCAAUUCUGUUGUUUUCAAAUUUUGUUUUCUUCAUUAUAUCUGCUAUAAGUAUACACACAUCAUUCAAGAAAACUUCCCGGAUACUGAAGAGAAAGAACACUUGCAAAUUAUUUAUUUACAUAAAACUGUCGGUUGUGAUGGGGUUAACCUGGUGUUUUGGUUUCUCGGCAGCAGCAACCAAUAGUCAGGCGUUGUGGUAUUUGUUUAUUGUCUUCAACACUUUACAAGGAUUCUUUAUAGCAACUUUCUUUGUAUGUACGAAAAAGGUGUUUCAAAUCGUCCGAGAUGGUGCCUCUUCAUUUUAUUCCAGUACCAGGUCGUUUACUGUUAGAAAAUCCUUAACUUCAAAGCUUGAGAGUGAGGGAGGUAGGGACGCUUCCAGGAAAUUUGAAGCCCGGUGUUAGUGAAGUACAGAAACUUUGUAAGACAUUUCAUCUAUCCAUGCAUCAACAAAACUGAAACUUCCGGGGUUUGGGGUUGGGGGGGGGGUGCCCUGUUUUUUUUGUAUUUUUUAGCUGUAAUGUUUUUUUGGUAAAGUACUGUUGUGACAUGAUUGCAGUGUUGACUCUAAUCUUCAAAGUACACGUAUUAACUAUAGAGAACGGAACAUGCUAGGCUGGCCUGAAACCUGACAUUAUUUGUAUGUUGAGUAAAUAUUCAGAAUGCUUUUAAUUGAUAUACAAAUGUCAAAUGUGGGGUAUUGAUAAAAUAUGUAUAGCAUUAA